AUGGCACUUUCAGACAACGAGCUUUCAGCAGAGGACUUAACAGCUACACAAAGCAAUUGGAUUCAAUAUUCUAAACAGCACCGUAAUAAUCUCCCUCCAGGAUCAGUUACUGGCUUUGAAUGGAAAGAUUACUGUCCUAAAGCUUUCAGACUUAUACAAGAACUCGAAAAUAUUGACAAUGAUAACUACAUGAAGUUAGUUUGUAGUGACGAAACUAUAAGGAAAGUCUCUUCAACGUUGAGACUUGGAAACAUGUUCUUUCUGUCCAAGGACAACCGAUUUGCAAUAAAAACACUACGGAAAUCUGAAGUCAAGGUCCUAAUACAAAUGCUUCCAAGCUACUAUAGCCAUCUCAAAAAGUUCCGCAACACAGUAUUGAACAAGCUGUAUGGAGUUCAUCUGUUGAAGCCAGUAGGAGGUGUUAAGGUUUAUUUUGUGGUUGUAGCAAACAUAUUCAAGUCAGAUUUAUUGAUGCAUCGGUGUUAUGACCUCAAAGGCUCAUUACAAGGUCGAAAAGUCGAAAAAAUGAGAUACCGAGAGAAAACUCUUCAUAAAGAGUCGGAUCUUGAUUUUUUCUUUUACCUCGAACCACUGAUCCGAGAUAGGCUUUUGAAGCAAAUCAAGCAUGAUUGUGCUUUUCUGGAGGCUGAAGGCAUCAUGGAUUACAGUUUGUUGCUUGGUUUACAUGUAAAAGGAUCACCUCAAGGUCUCUUGAAUCGUGGAAAUACAUUUUCUCCGAACUCCUCACAUCUAGGUUCUGUUGACAGCAGAUGUUCCGACAACAACAUGAGAAUUUCCAAUGAUUUGUUGCAUCAAAGUGAUUUAUCCUCGCAAAGAUCCUCCAUCCCUUCAUUUCGAGAUUCAAUUGACAGCAGGAGUUCUACAACGGAAUUGAGUUUUGGUGAUCAGUGGCUACAAAAUAACAGUCAUUUUUAUACCUUUGGUGAAGAAAUGUCUGCACGUGGUAUUCGCGUAUCAAGGAAUGGAACAGCAAGUUUAUUAUCACGUCAAAAUUCCAGGGCGCGGGAGUGCCAUGAUGUUCUUUUGUAUUUUGGAAUAGUGGAUUUUUUUCAAAAUUACAAUGUGGUCAAGCGAAUUGAGCAUGCUUACAAGUCACUGCAGUUCGACCGAAAGAUGAUUGCAGCCAUAAAUCCCAAAGCAUAUUCUUCUCGCUUUCAGGAUUUUCUUAGUGACAUAUUUAAAGCAGAUGACUCUCUCCUCUGAGCUCACAAACAUUUACGCUUUCAGAACAUUUACAAUAUUUAUCCUGAGGGAUAACUAUACACGAGUAAGCUAAUGAUUCUCUAUCAAUUGCU